UCUUUUGCGCACUAAAAAAAUAAUCUUUUCUUUGGACAAGGGUCAUACAAUACAACAACCAGCAUUUGAAAUUGAUUAACCCACGCUGUCUGAGACCACUUCUACUGACCACAGUCCACCCCCACCCUCACCCCCUGUGUUUCUCUGCAGUCUUCUGCCAUCAAUUAUUGAUGCAGGUUUGCCCUCUUGUCAUUUACUAGGAGGUCAUUUGUUUGUAUAAAAGGCAGAGGGCCUAUUUCCUAAGUUUUCGACAUAGUUAGUCUUCUGAGGGGUAAAACUUGCUGGUUUUCCAUUGCCAACAGCGACAUUAUCAAAGGACAGUGUUUCAGUUGAAGGAACAUUGAAGCUAAAAGCUCUAUAGUUCUUGCUGAUGAUGCUCCGAAUAUGGCUUAAUGCGGUCCUGCUAAUAUGUGGUCAUUUCUGCAAUGCUACUGGGGCGUUCGUGGGUGUCAACAUUGGAACGGAUGUUUCUAACAUGCCAUCGGCUCCUGAUAUAGUUGCGAUUCUCAGAGCUCAUCAAAUAACUCACGUGCGUCUCUAUGACGCGAACGCCCACAUGCUGAACGCUCUUGCAAAAACCGGCAUCGAAGUCAUGGUCAGUGUUACAAAUAAGGAGGUCCUAGGAAUCGGAGAAUUGGCUUCAACAGCAGCAGCUUGGGUUAAUAAAAACGUCGCCGCUUAUGCUCCUUCAACCAAUAUUACCUCAAUUUCUGUGGGAAGCGAAGUCCUCACUACUCUCCCACAUGCCGCGCCUAUUUUAGUCCCUGCUAUGAGCAACCUGUACAAAGCCCUGGUUGCUUCAAAUCUCAACUACCAAGUUAAAGUGUCGACGCCUAAUUCAAUGGACGUCGUUUCUCGGUCUUUCCCUCCUUCCACGGCCACCUUCAACACAGAGUUGAACUCUAUCAUGAUUCAGAUCCUUCAGUUCUUGAUGAACACAAAGUCCUUUUACAUGCUGAAUGCUUAUCCUUAUUACGAAUAUGUCAAGAGCAACGGCAUUUUCCCUCUCGACUAUGCGCUUUUCAAGCCACUCGCGCCCGUUAAACAGAUUGUCGACCCAAACACCUUGUUUCACUACAACAGCAUGUUUGAUGCAUUGAUCGAUGCCACUUACAACUCCAUAGCCGACCUCAACUUCUCGGGUAUCCCUAUCAUUGUAACGGAAACUGGAUGGCCGUGGUUCGGUGGUAGCAACGAGCCUGAUGCAACUUCAGGAAAUGCUGAGGUGUAUAUAAAUAAUUUGAUAAGGCGCGUGUCGAAUGAUUCUGGUCCACCUAGCCAGCCUGCGGUCCCUAUCAACACGUACAUCUACGAACUUUUCAACGAAGACAAGAGGCCUGGGCCAAUUUCUGAGAGAAAUUGGGGGCUAGUUUUCACUAAUGGCACUUCUGUGUAUGACCUUGGUUUGGCUGAUGCAGAGAUCAGUACCGGUGUGAAUUCUUCAAGCUCGUUUUGUAUUGCUCGACCAAGUGCAGAUGAGAAGUCGCUGCAAGGCGGACUUAAUUGGGCUUGCGGGCAUGGCCAGGCUAACUGUGCAGCGGUUCAGAAAGGGCAGCCUUGCUAUAUCCCGGAUACGUUGCAAAACCAUGCUUCUUAUGCGUAUAAUGACUACUAUCAGAAGAUGCGCGGCUCUGGUGGGACUUGUGAUUUUGGUGGCACAGCUACAACAACUACAGUCGAUCCUAGCUAUGGAUCUUGUAGGUUUACAGGAAGGCGAGCCUCAGAUUUUUUAGACCUGUUAAAUAUUAACCAUGUCCAUGGUUUAUGUAUGGUAGUUUCAUUAUUUUGUAUUAAUUGGGUGCAGUUCGAACUCGACCCUGGGAGGGUUGUUUCCAUCUUCAGCACUAGGACCAGUCGGCCAGUCUUCGGAUAGCACAAGGACCGCGGUGGGCCUUCAUUUUGGCACUAUGGUUGCAGCAGCAGCAGCUGUCUGUUUGGUCAUAUGAAUUUGAGAAGCUUUUUUGUAGCAUAGGGGUUUACACAUGUCUCGUGUUUUCACUUAUUUUGAAGCAACUCUCACUCUCAUUCCAUCCAUAUUUUGCACAAAUGGGGUUUAUGUUGUGUUGAUUUUAGCAAAUCAACAAUUGUAUCUUCG